ACCUGGUCCAUAGAUCCCAGCUUGUUCCAUGCGUCCCACUUGGCUCUGCCCACCAGGUCAAACACACCUGGUUUGUCCUUGUUGCACGACCCAAAAGUAGCCUGAGUGCAGUAAGUAAACGAGUAUAAACACCAGUACCAGUGCAUAGGACACAGAUGUCUUUGAAGUUAGCUAUUGAUGACGUCUUCAUAUCGAACCCCCAACUUUCGUUCUUGAUUAAUGAAAACAUCCUUGGCAAAUGCUUAUACCUGUUUGUAGAGUGCAUACAGCUUGAGCUUGGCUUCGUUCCCAGGGUCUUUAGACAGCUGAGUGACUCUCUUGGACGCAGCCUCUAACUCACCGCUACCUGGCCCUAGGACUCUGCUGGUUGCGUGUAGACUGCGUCCGUUUAGCUGCAGGUUGAGCAGCGGCUGAGCUGCGUCUAUAACGAAAGAGUGACGAUCCACGACGUAGGGAUAACGAGAAAGCCAUCUCUCUAGAUCCUUCUCCGUGUUCUCCAGCCAGAGUUCAGGGAGAGACGUCUCUAAUUAACGCACAGCACACUCCAAUUAACGAGUACAAUUGUUCCAAUUAGCGCACACCAUUUCAGCUUGUAUGCUUCUCUCGAGCUUUCUUAUGAGCAGCGGAGCUGUGGAAAGAUGGAGGGAGACCAGCCGUCAAGCAUGUUCGAGGCCAAGCCCAUCAACACGGACCACAAAGACCUGAUACACGACGUCAGCUACGACUUCUACGGGCGGAGGAUGGCCACGUGCUCUAGCGACCAGAGCGUCAAGGUGUGGGACAUUGGAGAAGACGGUCAAUGGAGGUGUACCUCCACAUGGAAGACCCACUCCGGGUCAGUGUGGAGAGUGACGUGGGCUCAUCCAGAGUUUGGUCAGGUCCUGGCCACCUGCUCGUUCGACAGAACUGUUGGCGUCUGGGAAGAACAGAUUGGAGAUCAGAAGAGUGAAGCUCACUGGGUGAAGAGGACUAGUCUGGUGGAUAGUAGAACGGCCGUCAACGACGUAAAGUUUGCUCCAAGACACCUUGGACUACAGCUGGCAUCGUGCUCUACUGACGGUCAACUGAGGAUAUACGAAGCUCCAGACGUCAUGAACCUCACUCAGUGGUCUCUCAAUCAUGUACUGAGCUGUAGGCCAGGCACAAGCUGUCUCUCUUGGAACCCCUCCACCGUGCACUCUCCUAUGAUAGUGGUGGGAACAGACGACCCUUCCACUUCAGCCGCCACUCAACUACUCAUUUUUGGCUACUCUGAGGAGACACGGAAAUGGCAGAAGAUUCACAGUAUAGUUGGGAUUGUGUAUGAACCUGUACACGACGUCGCCUUUGCUCCAAACCUUGGACGGUCUUACCACGUAUUGGCCGUGGCUUCUAAGGACGUCGACAUCAUACAUCUCGUUCCAUCUGGAACCGAUGCGUACCACGGUACAAAGCUGGACGUCCGACACCCGGCCCACUUUGACCACCAGGGAGCACAGGUGUGGAGAGUGGCCUGGAACGUCACGGGGACAAAUCCUCGCCUCAUCGGGAGACGAUGGCUGUGUGCGACUCUGGAAAGGUAACCAAAGUCCUCUCCAUUGCGCACAGGCUCAACAAGAACAGUUCCUGCAUGCAAUUUAACCCCUCAAAUAAGGACACCUUAAUUUAGUAUUGUCACAUGGGUGUUCGGAUUAUGCAAUACGCAAUACUAAAAGCCUUUGUGUGUCAUACUCAUGAAGUUGUAAUUUCUACCUCCAACUGCAGCUAACUAUCUGGAGAACUGGAAGUGUAUAUCGGUGCUGAGAGCCGAUGGCACCCCUGCCCCGCUCCCUGCCUCCACCCCCUCCCACCCACCUCACCCUCUCCCCUCCCUCUUCACCGGACCGCCCAAAGACAAGUCUAACUGGAUGAAGGAACUCGGUGAUCUAUAGGCUCAGUUGACAUGCCACUGUUCUUUUGUAUGUCCACUUAUUUUUCUUUGUGUGUGAGUAUGUAUAAUUAUAAUUAUAAAGACACACUCAAUACUGCAUCGUCAAAUACACGGAGAAUGGAGUCAUUUUUUUAGGCGUAUUAUUUUCUCUCUAUUGUUCUUUCUUUCCUUCCCUACCGGCCUUGUGGGCCUGAACGAGACCAGCCACAGCCGUCUGCCAUUCCGUCUUCUCUUCCCAGCCUAGGUCUUGCUUGGCCCGGGUGCUGCUAAACGACAGUUCGGUGGUGUGUAUGUCCAUCAUGAGUGGGGAGACGGUCACGUUGUGGACGAGUGUACCUGUCAGUUUGUAACCGUAGUAGUUGACGUAGGCGAGAACUGUCAUCACUGACUUAGAGAUCUCGGUUGGUGGUGGUUGGCUCCAUAUCGUCUUGUCGUCUGAUGAAAGGGUACCAACUAGGUCUCGGUACGAGGUUCGAGCAUUGUCUCCGAGAUUAUACGCCUUGCCUCCGACGACAGAGUCAGAGCCACUCUGGAGUUUUUUGUCGGCAAUAACGUGGGCUCUGGCGGCAGCCUCGGGUGUAACUGCCGUCACACUGUGAGCGGAUCCAUCAACUACCAGCAUCGACUGGGUUAAAAGGCUUUCGAUGAGGGGAUCGUUUUCGCUCCAAAUCACGGGGGCGAGUCUCAUGGCACACGUUGAAAGUCCGUCUUUCCCGUUGGCGUCCAGCACGACUUGCUCCGCAGAGGCAAGAGAUGCUCGGUAAACGUUCCCGUGUGAUUUGGGGUACGGUGCAGUUUCAUCAGCGUUUCUCCGGCUCCAAUCUUUGCCAACUACUACUGCCGCGGAACUAGUGUACACCAGCCUCUUCACGCCGUUUUCUCUGCAGACGCAAACGACGUUCUCAGUACCUUUAACAUUGUGGUGGAGGAAAUCCACCCGCUUUCCAAAGGAGUCACGAGGGGCAAGGUUUCCAGCAUGAAACACUGCCUUCACCUCACGUGUACAGAGAAGCAUGUCAUCGUAGCAGCAUAUGUCGGCCUGGAUGUACGAACACACGUCCCGGAGUCUAUCUUCCUGGUAGGGUAUGUAAGAAUGCAGGCAGUGAACGUUGUAGCCACCGUCAGCGAGAAGACGUUUCACCAGGUGUCUCCCGAAACUAGUCUCAGCGCCCAAUACCAGAACGUCGUCCCGCCCCUCUCUCUUCUUGCCCUGAUCCACCCUCCUGAAGCUCACGGAGGGCUCGGGCCCGUUCUUGGAGCUCUUGCGUCGUCGCCGGCGGUAGAGGGCGUAGCCUACGAGGACGAUGGCGGCGAAGAUGAAGAAGUUUCCAAACGUGCUCAGCACCCAGCUCCACGGACGGUAGAGAGGCUCGUAGGGAUACUCCGUGGGAGCGUCGAUUUUCUGCUGACUCGCCCGUUCUAGUACCGGACACACCAUUUCUCUUCACACACACGCCGAAGGAGGCCAGGAGAACUAGAACAGCCCU